AUGAAUGGUUGUAUGCACACCAGAAGUAAUGUUGCGAGACUGUACCUGCCAAGGAAGGAAGGAGGAAGAGGGUUGAUAAGCAUUGAGGAGUGUGUAAACAAGGAGAGUAAGUCCUUGCAUGGCUAUCUCAGAGAGACCACAGAGUGGAUGCUUCAAGCUGCUUUAAAGGAGGUGUUAGAUGAAGAAGAGAACCUCCAGGAUUACCAGAAGAGGAGGCAGGAGGAGAAAAUCAGGAACUGGAAGGAGAAAGACCUGCAUGGAGAGUUUGUGCGACAAACAGCAGAUGUAGCUGGAGAAGAUUCCUGGAUAUGGCUUAGGAAUGUUUUUUUUGAAAAAGGAGACAGAAGAGUGUGUGGAUGCAUGAAGCUUGCCCAGGGAGAGUACAGAAAACGCCAUGACAAGGUGGCCCUGCGGGUGCACUGGGAGAUUUGCAGAAAGUACGGGAUAGAAUGUACCGACAAGUGGUAUGACCAUCAGCCAUUGGCAGUCGCAGAGAACAGAGAUGUUCGAAUUACCUGGGACAUGACUGUUUACACAGACAAGAAGCUGAAUCAUAAUCGACCGGAUAUUACUCGACUAAGGAAAGAUACACAGGAGUGGACAUUAAUUGACAUAGCUGUACCAGCGGACCAGAACAUCAUCAAUACUGAGGAAGAGAAAGUGGCUAAAUAUCAAAAACUAGCAUUCGAAAUUAAGAGAAUCCAUAGAGCAUCGAAAGUGACAGUGAUACCAGUCGUGAUCGGUGCACUCGGAACAAUCUCAAAGAAUGCAAAAACCUGGCAUGGGAAGUUAGACAUACCUGACAUCGUUGGAAGUGCACAGUUGUCGGAAAUCCUUGGAACAGCUCACCUAUUGCGGAAAGUUCUAUGUUUCUAA